GCUCAGGGCUUCCCCCACGUAGCAGAGCCCCGUGUAGCCAUGAAGGCGUCGCUCCUGCUCGCGCUCGUCUGCACGGCCGUCCUGGUGGCGGGAGCAAGGGACGACGCGCCCAGGGAGCCAGAGAUGCUGGUGAGGAAGGUGCAGGAGUACGCCCAGAAAGCCACGGCCAUGGCCAAGACCGCCUUCAGCAUGGUGCAGGAGUCGGAUGCGGCUCAGCAAGCCAGGCAAUGGCUGGCGGACAACGCCGACCUGGCGAAACAGCGGCUGGUCUGGCUGAAGGAGCAGCUGCUGGAGUUCUGGAAGCCGAUGCCGGCCGCGUAGCCCCACCGGGGGCUGGCCGAGGGCCAGCCGGGCUGGGGUGCCCCCAGCUCCCCGCCCACUGUCACGGUUCUUGCAAUAAAGCGGCGCUGAAGUAGA